UGAUGCCAUCUCUUUCUCCCUGUGUGAUGUCAUAUCCUUUUCCUGUUUAGGCACCUGGUGAACGGAGUGCAGGUGGGCUCUCCCGUCAACAUGAGGCUCCUGCUGCUCCUGCCCCAAAUACACACAGGUACACACACACAUACACUAUUGGUAAUGUUCCCCUAUUUACAUGUUUGUGUGUUGUGUGUCAGAAGUGAGCGAUGGUAAGCUUUGAGAAGAGGUUGUCUGGUGUGGGAGGAGGACAUGCAGAUGCACUCCAAGUUUCUAGACAGAAAGGUGACAUAUUAGUCUUUCCCUACACCCUACCAUUACCCCCUGCUCUCACCUUAACCCCUUACUCUUAAACCACUAACCCUUACAUUUCCAACCUGACCUGAUGUGUGUGUGUGUUACAGGAGGAGUUGAAAGUGGAGCAUGCCUCGUACCUGUGGCAGCAACCGGAGCUCCACGCCAUGAUGGCCGACUUCUUGCAGUUCCUGUUACUACAAAAAACUGAGCGACAUCUUCAUGUUCGCCCACAAGGACCUCUCCCCCUUUGCCUCCUGCCGACCCCUGGGGGGCACCUUCAACACCUCCUCACCUUGAGGAGACACUGGCUGUGUCUCAGUAGUCUAGUAGCUUCCUCUCACAGGCACUUCAGUGAGGAAAAUACUCUUCUGGUUAGCACUUGUCGCUAGUAUGUACAGAGGCCCUCGAGAUCAUCAAUUAAUAUGAAUGAUUUUAUGGAUGUUUUGGAUUUUAUUUUGUGAUACUGUUUUUAGUGUCUACUGUUUUUGUUUGUAUUACAUUUUACAUUUUAGUCAUUUAGCAGACGCUCUUAUCCAGAGCGACUUACAGGAGCAAUUAGGGUUAAGUGCCUUGCUCAAGGGCACAUUUACGUCAUUUAGCAGACGCUCUUAUCCAGAACGACUCACAAAUUGGUGCAUUCACCCUAUAGCCAGUGGGAAAACCACUUUACAAUUUUUUUUGGGGGGGGGGGGGGGGGGGGGUAGAAGGAUUACUUUAUCCUAUCCCAGGUAAUCCUUAAAGAGGUGGGGUUUCAAAUGUCUCCGGAAGGUGGUGAGUGACUCCGCUGUCCUGGCGUCGUGAGGGAGCUUGUUCCACCAUUGGGGUGCCAGAGCAGCGAACAGUUUUGACUGGGCUGAGCGGGAACUAUGCUUCCGCAGAGGAAGGGGAGCCAGCAGGCCAGAGGUGGAUGAACGCAAUGCCCUCGUUUGGGUGUAGGGACUGAUCAGAGCCCGAAGGUACAGAGGUGCCGUUCCCCUCACUGCUCCAUAGGCAAGCACCAUGGUCUUGUAACGGAUGCGAGCUUCAACUGGAAGCCAGUGGAGUGUGCGGAGGAGGGGGGUGACGUGAGAGAACUUGGGAAGGUUGAACACCAGACGGGCUGCGGCAUUCUGGAUGAGUUGUAGGGGUUUAAUGGCACAGGCAGGGAGGCCAGCCAACAGCGAGUUGCAGUAGUCCAGACGGGAGAUGACAAGUGCCUGGAUUAGGACCUGUGCCGCUUCCUGUGUAAGGCAGGGUCGUACUCUCCGAAUGUUGUAGAGCAUGAACCUGCAGGAGCGGGUCACCGCCUUGAUGUUAGCGGAGAACGACAGGGUGUUGUCCAGGGUCACGCCAAGGCUCUUCGCACUCUGGGAGGAGGGCACAACGGAGUUGUCAACCGUGAUGGCGAGAUCAUGGAACGGGCAGUCCUUCCCCGGGAGGAAGAGCAGCUCCGUCUUGCCAGGGUUCAGCUUGAGGUGGUGAUCCGUCAUCCAUACUGAUAUGUCUGCCAGACAUGCAGAGAUGCGAUUCGCCACCUGGUUAUCAGAAGGGGGGAAAGGAGAAGAUUAGUUGUGUAUCGUCAGCGUAGCAAUGAUAGGAGAGGCCAUGUGAGGAUAUGACAGAGCCAAGUGACUUGGUGUAUAGGGAGAAAAGGAGAGGGCCUAGAACUGAGCCCUGGGGGACACCAGUGGUGAGAGCACGUGGUGCGGAGACAGCUUCUCGCCACGCCACUUGGUAGGAGCGACCGGUCAGGUAGGACGCCAUCCAGGAGUGAGCCGCGCCGGAGAUGCCCAGCUCGGAGAGGGUGGAGAGGAGGAUCUGAUGGUUCACAGUAUCAAAGGCAGCAGACAGGUCUAGAAGGACAAGAGCAGAGGAGAGAGAGUUAGCUUUAGCAGUGCGGAGAGCCUCCGUGACACAGAGAAGAGCAGUCUCAGUUGAAUGACCAGUCCUGAAACCUGACUGGUUUGGAUCAAGAAGGUCAUUCUGAGAGAGAUAGCAAGAGAGUUGGCUAAAGACGGCACGCUCAAUAGUUUUGGAAAGAAAAGAAAGAAGGGAUACUGGUCUGUAGUUGUUGACAUCAGUGGGAUUGAGUGUUGGUUUUUUGAGAAGGGGAGCGACUCUCGCUCUCUUGAAGACGGAAGGGACAUGGCCAGCGGUCAAGGAUGAGUUGAUCAGCGAGGUGAGGUAGGGGAGAAGGUCACCGGAGAUGGUCUGGAGAAGAGAGGAGGGGAUGGGGUCAAGCGGGCAGGUUGUUGGGCGGCCUGCAGUCACAAGUCGCAGGAUUUUAUCUGGAGAGAGAGGGGAGAAAGAAGUCAAAGCAUAGGGUAGGGCAGUGUGAGUAGGACCAGCAGUGUCAUUAGACUUAACAAACGAGGAUCGGAUGUCGUCAACCUUCUUUUCAAAGUGGUUGACGAAGUCAUCCACAGAGAGAGGAGGGGGGGGGGGGGGGGGGGGGGAGGAUUCAGCAGGGAGGAAAAAGUGGCAAAGAGCUUCCUAGGGUUAGAGGCAGAUGCUUGGAAUUUAGAGUGGUAGAAAGUGGCCUUAGCAGCAGAAACAGAUGAAGAAAAUGUAGAGAGGAGGGAGUGAAAAGAUGCCAGGUCGGCAGGGAGUUUAGUUUUCUUCCAUUUCCGCUCCGCUGCCCGGAGCUCUGUUCUGUGAGCUCGCAAUGAGUCAUCAAGCCACGGAGCUGGAGGGGAGGACCGAGCCGGCCGGGAGGAUAGGGGACACAGAGAGUCAAAGGAUGCAGAAAGGGAGGAGAGGAGGGUUGAGGAGGCAGAAUCAGGAGAUUGGAGGGAGAACGAUUGAGCAGAGGGAAGAGAUGAUAGGAUGGAAGAGGAGAGAGUAGUGGGAGAGAGAGAGCGAAGGUUGCGGCGGCGCAUUACCAUCUGUGUAGGGGCAGAGUGAGUAGUGUGGGAGGAGAGCGAGAGAGAAAAGGAAACAAAGUAGUGGUCGGAGACAUGGAGGGGAGUUGCAGUGAGAUUAGUAGAAGAGCAGCAUCUAGUAAAGAUGAGGUCAAGCGUAUUGCCUGCCUUGUGAGUAGGGGGGGACGGUGAGAGGGUGAGGUCAAAAGAGGAGAGGAGUGGAAAGAAGGAGGCAGAGAGAAAUGAGUCAAAUGUAGACAUAGGGAGGUUGAAAUCCCCCAAAACUGUGAGGGGUGAGCCAUCCUCAGGAAAGGAACUUAUCAAGGCGUCAAGCUCAUUGAUGAACUCUCCAAGGGAACCUGGAGGGCGAUAGAUGACAAGGAUAUUAAGCUUAAAUGGGCUAGUGACUGUGACAGCAUGGAAUUCAAAUGAGGAGAUAGACAGAUGGGUUAGGGGAAAAAUUGAGAAUGUCCACUUGGGAGAGAUGAGGAUUCCUGUGCCACCACCCCUCUGACCAGAUGCUCUCGGGGUAUGCGAGAACACAUGGUCAGACGAGGAGAGAGCAGUAGGAGUAGCAGUGUUUUCAGUGGUAAUCCAUGUUUCCGUCAGCGCCAGGAAGUCGAGGGACUGGAGGUUAGCAUAGGCUGGGAUGAAGUCAGCUUUGUUGGCAUGUAUGAGCUGCACUGAAACAAAUUCCAGUCAACUCUGUUGAUAUGGCAGUCACAAGAGCUCCAGGUAUGUCAGUUGGUGUGAAUAAAAUAAAAUAUAUUAUUUAACGUCUAGUAUAUUUUCCAUGCUUUACUUCUGUUAAAGAACUUGAUCCAGUAACUUGAUCCAGUAACUUUAUUUCAGUAACUGCUACUUUGCUUUGGCUCUGAUGUGAUCACCCCAUAAAUUUGGACGAAUAAAGUUAUAAGUGAACGUAAUGCUAUUGUUUGGAUAACUUUGCUGCCCUGAUUUCCUAGUGAUAUUGUCAUGUAUACUCCCAACAAAUAUCAAUGAAUUAAAUCAGACAGCUGGUAAAGAUGUUCAAUGAUUCAUCAAUUUAGAGAGCGCAUUGCAUUUACUAAUAAUGAAAUGUUUUUAUUGUAACAUACAAACAACAUAACAACAACAUCUAAACACAUUGUGGUCCUCUGUAGCUCAAUUGGUAGAGCAUGGCGCUUGUAACGCCAGGGUAGUGGGCACGAUCCCCGGGACCACCCAUACGUAAAAAUGUAUGCACACAUGACUGUAAGUCGCUUUGGAUAAAAGCGUCUGCUAAAUGGCUUAUAAGUAUUAUUUAACAUAUUAACAAAACUAACAAGUUCAAGUCAAACAACUUCAAGAUAAAAUAUAGUAACAUAUAAACAACAUCUAAACACAUUUAACAUAUUAACGAACAUUUUAACAUAUUAACAAAACUAACAAGUUCAAGUCAAACAACUUCAAGUCAAGAUAAAAUAUAGUCAGGUCCAAAAAUGUUGACACCUUUGACAAAGAUGAGCAAAAAAGACAAUAAAAUAAAUAACACAAGUACACAAAUGUUACUUGUUGGUGGCCCUUAUAUAACUAAUGGUGAAAGCUAGCUAGCUGGAGCGAUGGUCAGGUAAAGUUCAAGCGUUAGUCACACAGCUUUUACUUUGAAAAUCCUUAGCACAAAUAUCCUGUGGCAGACCCUCUUUUCCAUGCCCACAUUGUCUCUGUUUAAUAAUUCAAUCUUGUGGAUGACAUAGAAAAAUUAAUUAAUGCAGUCCAAAUGAUUAUCAUCUUCGUUAUUUAAGUUUGGAUGUUGAUUGAGCGAACGGUACACGGAUGGGUCACUCAGUGUAAAGAAUCAUUGUACUAUCUAAACCGCUGUGAAAUAUAUUUUCAAUAACCAAAAAUAUUGUAUUUUCAGCUGUUUGAAGCUGGUGUUCAAAACUGAAAGUAAAAGACGCAAAAACUAAACUUAAAGAUGCACUAUGUAGAAAUGCUCCGCCAUUUCCUGGUUGCUAAAGUUCUAAUAGUUAGCCUAAUUUCAGUUUAUGUGACAGAACAAGCAAGUAUAGUGUAGAGAAUCCUUGUACCAUCUAAACCGCUGUGAAAUAUAUUUUCCAUAACCAAAAAUAUUGUAUUUUCAGCUGUUUGCAGCUGGUGUACAAAACCAAUAGUAAAAGACGCAGUUGGUAGCUCAGUUGGUAGAGCAUGGCACUUGCAACGCCAGGGUUGUGGGUUCGAUUCCCACAGGGGGCCAGUAUGAAAAAUGUAUGCACUCACUAACUGCAUGUCGCUCUGGAUAAGAGCGUCGACUAAAAUGUAAAAUCUAAAAAAACAAAUCUUAAGAAUGGGAAGCAUAUAAAUAGCACACAUAGAACAGAUAUACUGCUUCUUAGACUUGCUUUCAAUGAGAAUGGAAGAUCUAUAACACACAUUUCUAUGUGAAUUUGGGUUGGGUCGCCCAAAAAGUUACAUAUUGCAGCUUUAAUAUUAUCUAAGAUGAUCUAAUUACUAAUCUCAUGGACUUUGUUUCUGAGGCUACAUAUAUUUAUAUGAGCUAACUUUAACCCUUUCCUGGGUAGCUUAUAUAAAACUGAACUCAUAAUGAUAAUAGGUUGUAUUUCUAAUAAUUCUAUUUCUGAUAAUAACAAACCCCAAUCUCUUCUAAUUGGGGUGUUGUCCUGUUAGCAUGGUGGGUAGAGGGGUGGGGGGUUGCUGUCCACUCUGGAAGGGGUUCGACGUUACAGGCUGGAGCUGGCCUAUCUGGAUGGGGCCUGGUGGUGUAGGGUUGAGCUGGCCUCUCUGCAAGGUGCCCGAUGGUGCAAGGUGGUGUUUGCCGCUCUGGAUGGGAACCGAUGGUGUAGGGUGGAGCUGACCUCUCUGGAGGGGGCCCGAUGGUGCAGGGUGGAGCUGGCCUCUCUGGAUGGGGCCUGGUUGUGUAGGGUCGAGCUGGCCUCUCUGGAGGGGGCCCGAUGGUGCAGGGUGGAGCUGGCCUCUCUGGAUGGGGCCUGGUUGUGUAGGGUGGAGCUGGUCUCUCUGGGUGGGGGCUGGUGGUCGUGA